CAGCAAGCCACAACAUCGCGACAUCGCUUGGCAGAAUCACGAACUCAACCUCCUCUGACAAUCACAAUCUUGAUGGGAACGGAUGCUGCAUGGGCCGUGGGUGUACAGGUGCCAGUCUCAUUCUUCGAUGGCUGGGUAUUGCAGGAAGACGUGAUAAAUUGCCUGUACCUGCGAAUCGAACGUGGGGUAAAUGAAGCAAUGUUGUCAUCGUACAUCCGCAUAUAUAUUGAGCUCUGCUCGGGCUGAACGCCAUUUUUGACUUUACUUGCUUCUUAUCCCAGACACUCAUUUUCAGGAUGAAGUUCACGAGUCUGACAACUCUUCUCUUUGCGACCGCUGCUUUUGGAGGUGUUGUGAAGCGCGAGGAAUCGCAAUUCAAAUUGGGGCAGCCAAUUGACGGCAAGGGCAAAGGAGCACCAAUCCUAGGUGGAACAAACAAAGACGUCGACCUGGCAAACCCUUCUAACCUGGGUGAGCAAAGUACCGAUGCUGGUACGGUACCCAAUUUGAAGUGGAGAUUUUCCGAUUCCAAGACGAAAAUCUUCCCAGGUGGAUGGGUCAGGGAGCAGGUAGACAAUGACCUUCCUCAGAGCCAUGACAUUGCUGCAGCCCAACAACAUCUGAAGAAGGGUGCCAUUCGCGAGCUCCACUGGCACAGAGUUGCCGAGUGGGGUUUCGUGUAUGCCGGCCGUGUUCUCGUCUCUGCUGUUGAUGAGAACGGAAAAUAUCAAGUUGACAUCCUCGAGUAUGGAGACAUCUGGUACUUCCCUAAGGGUCAAGCACAUACUGUCCAGGGUCUCGACGAUGAGAACGAGUAUCUCCUAGUCUUCGAUGACGGAGACUUCGAUCGAGCCGGAACCACAUUCAACCUCGAUGACUGGAUCGCAAGAACUCCCAAGCACAUCCUGGCUAAGAACUUCGGUGUUCCCGAAUCAGUCUUUGACAAGGUCCCUGAAAAGAAUCCAUACAUCCUCAACAGCACAUCCAGCACCCAUAAUGUUACAGGUGGCAACGGAGAGCUUGUUGGCAACAGCUCCUACGUCUACCACACUUUCCAACACCCAUCCGAGCCUGUUGCUGGAGGCGGCGGUGUCUUCUACAAGAUUGACUCAACCAACUUCCCCAUCUCAACUACGAUCGCAUCUACUUUCGUCAUUCUGGAGCCCGGGGGUUUGAGGGAAUUGCACUGGCACCCAACCGCUGAGGAAUGGCUAUACUUCCACGAAGGUACUGCCCGAGCAACAGUAUUCACGGGCAACGGCAACUCUCGCACCUUCGACUUCUCAGCGGGAGACACAGCAGUGUUCCCUGACAACAGUGGGCAUUACAUCGAGAACACCUCGAAGGAUCAGAACUUGACCUGGAUUGAGAUCUACAAGAGCGACCGCGUGGCCGACGUUUCCCUUACACAAUGGCUCGCGCUGACCCCAGCUGAUAUCGCGGCGGCAGUACUUAAGGUCCCGAUCGAGUUCGUCGAGACCUUGAAGAAGGAGAAGCAAGUCCUUAUCAAGGGUUCGAAGUAGCAUCAGCAUCCAGCAUAAAGCGCGCUUUUCUAUUCUUCAUCGGCCGCGAUGGGUCGAACCCUUAAGUAGAGGCAGCAUACCUCAUAUGAAUCAUCUGCCUGUAGGCUUGACG